AUGACGAAUGAUGGUCUACGUCAACUUCCUCCUCCACCUCUAUUUACAAUUCGUCCUCCACCAAAACCACCUGGAUCAAUAUUUGAACAUUUUCAAACAGUUGAAAUCUUAAAUGGACAAUGUGUAAUACCAACAUUAAAUAUACUUCAAAAUUCAACUUCUAUUUCUCGUGAAAAACAUAUACAACAAAUUAAUUGGUUAAAUCUAUUUCUUCUUAUAUUAGCUUUAAUUAGUGUUAUUUCUUGUAUUAUAAUUGCUAUAUUUAUUUUUAUUUGUCUCAGAAAAUUAAAAAAUGAAGAAAAACAAUAUAAAAAUUAUGUUUUAUCAGGUUCAUUAUCACGAAAUCCUCAUCAGUCAGAUCUAUGUACAAGAACAAAUGAACAUUAUAAAUGUACAUCAAAUAAAUUGAAUUGUUGUGAUGAUUAUUAUUCUCAUCAAUUAAUCCCUUUGUCUGAAGCACCUCCAUCGUCUGUCAUUUCUCCUCAUCAUAUUAAAAAUUCAAAUCAUAAUAUUGAUUCUCAAUCGAUUGUGAACAAUGCCGGUGGUGGUGGUAUUGAUAACUCACAAAAUCAUCAAUAUGAAUAUAUACCUGAAUAUUUAUUAACAAUGACUCGACGUCAUCAUCAUCCACCAAUCGUAUGUCAUCAUCAUCAUCAACAACAACAUCCAUUAUAUCAUCGACCUAAUACAUGUUCAUUACCUUAUGCUACUUUUUCUCGAUCAUUAAUUCUUUCACAAGGAGGAACAACAGCAACUAAUACAAGUGAUAGCAGUCAAUGUACGUGUUCUUCGCCACCAUCAGCAGCAGCAACAGUCGUUCAAGAAGAAUCAUCAGUUCCUUUACUUGCUCCAUCUAUUCAGAAACAAGAAACAUUAAUAUCAUCACCGAAAUCAAUGAGAAUUGGAUGGACAAAACGUAAUAAUUCUUCGAUAUCAACAAAAAGAAAAUCGACUGGUACUAAUAUUAAAGAACAACGUUAUAGUUUUCUAUCUCAAUUAAGAAAAUCAUCUGUACUACAAUAA